AUGUUGAAUGACGAGAGCAUAUGCCUUCAUGAUGCAGUUCGCUGUGGUGACAUUGCGACUAUUAAGGAGAUUUUGCAAAGAGAUCCAUCCUGCGUGAAUGAUUAUGAUUUAAACUUUAAUACACCGCUGCAUUUGGUCUACAACCAUGUCAAUGCCAAAUAUCCUGAACAAGCUGAUGACAGACUGCCAAUCAUGCAACUGCUCAUUGAUUACGGAGCAGAUGUAAAUAUAAGAGGAGGAUAUUAUUUCGAUUCACCACUGCUUUUAGCAGUCAAAAAACACCAUGCCAGCGAAGUAGACUCCCAUGGCAACUUUUCACUCAAAGCAUUAGUGUACUAUUUUCGAUUUGUACAUAUUUGGUUGGGAAACAAACGAUGCACUUUCGAGUUGUUAAAGAAUCAAGGUAUUGAUGCAGAAGAUUAUAGCACAGGUGACUCGGACUUACAUUUAGCUGUACGUAAUAGUGAUACGACUAUGGUCCUAUUACUACUCGAAAAAGGUGCGAACGUCAACGUAAAAAAUGUUUUUGGGGACACACCGUUACAUUUAGCAAUGAGAUUACGAGUACGAGGCUGGGAGAAAAUUCCUUAUCUACUUAUUAAAUCUGGUGCAGACUUACAUGCUCAAAAUUUUAUUGAUGAAACGCCACUUCGCUUGGCUAAGAUUGACAGUCAAAGUUCAAUUAUUUGGGAAUCCAUACUGACAAAGAUCGGAGGAGAGUGUGAACUAACACGUAGACUUUUCAAGAAAUUGAGAAUAAAUCGGUUGCGUACACCCUAUGAUAAGAAUGAACUGAAUCUGGAUGAGCUUUUAGUUUCCGUUGUAUUUGGUAAGGAGGACUUAGUUGAUCGUUUACUUGACAAAUGUAACAUUGAUGAAUGUUAUGAUGAAGCGCUGGAAAUAGCUGUCAUAAACGAAUUCCCUAAAAUUGUCAAAUUGCUUUUGGAAGCUGGCCUUCGAUUUAAUAGCAGGCGCAUUUUUGGCAGUCUUAAUAUGGAUAAAUUAGUAUUCUUCGCGUUCCAUCCUACCAUAUUAUGCUUAUUCUGGGAAUUAAACAACGUCAUUAUUAAUACGUUAUUUAUCAGAGUCUUCACUGGAGUUAUUAAAUUUAGAGGCGCAAAUGAACUCACGUACCAGCUAACUUUUCACUAUGCAAUUGAGUUACGUUCAAAUCAAUUGCAUCCUGACUUGAUCCCAGUAAAAGGACUUUUUAAAUUGAGUAAGAAGUUAUCAGAUAUCCUUGAUGAUUGCAACACUAAACUGGAUGAACUGAAGGAAGUUAAAGUGGGUGACUUGUCUCUCUUUGACAUCAUAACAAUGCAAUUGAAUUCAUUGGUCAAAUUAUUGAGUAGUGAUGAUCAACUGGAAGCUUGCAAAAAGUUUUGCUCGUCACUUGAAAAUAAUAAUUAUAUGAAUUACUAUGAAUGCGCGAUAAAAGUUCGCAUUGACUUAGCCAUUGAAAAGAAACAGACAAUGGAUUCCGCCAAAGAUCGUCUCAAUGAAGCUAUUCAAAGUUUUCUUACGCCGAUAAAUUUAGUUAGUCUACCAGAUAAUAUGGUAUGGAAGAUUUUUGAUUAUCUGAAUGUGAGGGACUUGAAGAAAAUUGUCAAAAUAAAUUAG